GGCCGCGGAGGGCGGAGGGCGGAGCGGAGCGGCGCUGCCGCCGCGCAGAGCAGCAGCAGCGGCAGCGGCAGCAGCCGAGCCCCAGCGCCAGCCCCGGCCCGCAGCGGCGGCGGAGCGGCGGCGGGAGGCGGCCCGGGGGCGGCGUUCCUUGUGGGGAGCCUGCAAGAACCUUCAGUAGAGCUGCUAACACUGAUGAGAGAUCUUUUAUGCCAAGGUCGUCGCUCUCUGAACAGCCCACACCAUGCGUGAGUACAAGCUGGUGGUCCUUGGUUCAGGAGGUGUGGGCAAGUCUGCUCUGACUGUACAGUUCGUUCAGGGAAUUUUUGUUGAAAAAUAUGACCCAACAAUAGAAGAUUCAUACAGAAAGCAAGUGGAAGUCGACUGCCAGCAGUGCAUGCUGGAGAUCCUCGACACAGCAGGGACAGAGCAAUUCACAGCCAUGAGGGAUCUGUACAUGAAGAAUGGGCAGGGGUUUGCACUAGUAUAUUCUAUCACAGCACAGUCCACGUUCAACGACCUCCAGGACCUGCGGGAACAGAUCCUCCGGGUGAAGGACACCGAGGAUGUUCCCAUGAUUCUGGUUGGCAAUAAAUGUGACCUGGAGGAAGAGCGAGUCGUGGGCAAAGAGCAGGGGCAGAACUUAGCACGACAGUGGUGUAACUGUGCCUUUCUAGAAUCAUCUGCAAAGUCGAAAAUCAACGUAAAUGAGGUGAGCACCUCCUGUUCUGUGUUCCCACGAGUGAGGCGUUGAGCCCUGUGUGUCUGAGCUGGGCAGCUCCAGGUGAGCAGGGCAGCUCCAGGUGAGCGGGGCAGCUCCAGGUGAGCGGGGCAGCUCCAGGUGAGCUGGGCAGCUCCAGGUGAGUCAGGCAGCUCCAGGUGAGCGGGGCAGCUCCAGGUGAGCGGGGCAGCUCCAGGUGAGGGGCAGCUCCAGGUGAGCUGGGCAGCUCCAGGUGAGGGGCAGCUCCAGGUGAGGGGCAGCUCCAGGUGAGCUGGGCAGCUCCAGGUGAGCUGGGCAGCUCCAGGUGAGGGGCAGCUCCAGGUGAGUCAGGCAGCUCCAGGUGAGCAGGGCAGCUCCAGGUGAGCUGGGCAGCUCCAGGUGAGCGGGGCAGCUCCAGGUGAGGGGCAGCUCCAGGUGAGUCAGGCAGCUCCAGGUGAGGGGCAGCUCCAGGUGAGCGGGGCAGCUCCAGGUGAGUCAGGCAGCUCCAGGUGAGCGGGGCAGCUCCAGGUGAGCAGGGCAGCUCCAGGUGAGUCAGGCAGCUCCAGGUGAGCGGGGCAGCUCCAGAUGAGCGGGGCAGCUCCAGGUGAGUCAGGCAGCUCCAGGUGAGCGGGGCAGCUCCAGGUGAGGGGCAGCUCCAGGUGAGCUGGGCAGCUCCAGGUGAGGGGCAGCUCCAGGUGAGCGGGGCAGCUCCAGGUGAGGGGCAGCUCCAGGUGAGGGGCAGCUCCAGGUGAGCGGGGCAGCUCCAGGUGAGGGGCAGCUCCAGGUGAGCGGGGCAGCUCCAGGUGAGCUGGGCAGCUCCAGGUGAGGGGCAGCUCCAGGUGAGCUGGGCUCCCAGCCCGGGGAAGGGAGCCAUGCCGUGCACCAGGCACUCUGCCUGCCUCAGGGAUGUGCUCCCUUUUCUCUGCAGGGCCAGGGUGACUUCCCAGGUUGGUGUUUUACAUUCCCUCCCAGGGGCCAUGAGCAGCAGAGGGCCCUGAGCCGGGUGACUUUUAGCUCAGAUAAAGUUUAUCUGGAGAGAAUGUUUGUCACAAUAACUGCUGCCGUUCCCAGCGUGGGUGAUGCCCCUUUGUGCUCCUUGUCUGGUGUGGGGUUGGCUUAGAAGCAUUUGCAUUUCUGGCUGCAGAUGCCUCUUCACAGCCCCCAGCUUGCUAAAACCAUGCCUAAACGCAGGCCUAAGCAGUCCCUGAGUUUAAGUGAGACCCCUGUGCUCUGGGUGCUCCUCCUCUGGGGCCCUGGGUUGGCUGAGGCAGCUCUGCUGCACGUCAGGCUCCAGGUUUUGUUCUGUGCUGGGAGUUAUCUGCCUGUGCCAGAGGCCAAGUUUCCAGGCACAAAAGCUGAGGUGACCCCGUGCAGCAGAGCUGGGCUGGUUCCAGCUGAUAAGUGGGACCGUUCAGGGCUGGGGGAUAAGCAGGAGCAGCGGGAUCCUGGCCUGGGCCCAGGCUGCCCUGGCAGCCUCAGGAUGGGCUGGGAGGGAGGGGAGCCCCAGCUCUGGGGCUGGGAUUAGCCUGCCCAGGGCUCAGAGCAGCAGAGGAUUUGUGUCUGAGCUGCAGUGGGGUGGGCAUGGGCAAGGAGCAGCCCAGCCAGCAGCAGGUGCCCAGGGAGGUGCCAGAGCCCGGGCUGGGAGCAUUCCCAGGUCUGGGGGGCACAGCCUGGGGUGGGAAUCCUGCCUGUCCCUGCUGGGGCUGCAGCCUCCAGGGAGGUCAGAGCAGAGGGAAGAAUGUGCUUAUCUGGAGGAUGAGUUUCUGCUUUCCUUGUGAUCUUCGUGUUCUGGUUUCCUGCCAGCUGAUAUUUCCUAGCUGUGAAAAGUACAAAAGCUGAGGAAAUCAAAGGGAGAAACUGUGAAUGAAGCAGCUCAGUGCUCUGGGACUCUGUCCUGCUGGCUCCUGGGCUGGGGGGGCAUUUGCAUUCUUUUGGGGUUUAUUCCUGCUUUCCCACCACUUUUGGAGUUUCUAAAUUUGUUAAAAUCCAGGUAAAGAGAGAUGAAUUCCUACGUGCAUUUGCUGCAUGUGAAUCAAAGCUUUCAGAUAAUAAGCUUUUAAUCCAGAUGACCUUCUGGUGACCUCUGAGAUGCUCUUCCUCCACACAGGCUCUUUUUAGGGAUGGUGGCAUUCCUGAAACCUUGUUGCAGAUGGCUGUACUCACAGUCAGUACUAGCACCGAAAUAAUCCAUGAGAAAGGAAAAUCUCCAAUUUCAGUUGUUACAGUGUGUUAUAAACUGUUUCUUUGUCUUGUGAAUUUCUUGGGACUCAACAAGAAUUUGUGAGCUGCCAGCCACUCCAGGAAGGGGAAAAAAUAAACAAGGACAAGGGUGGAGCCCUCUGAAGGUUGAAAUAUUUCUCCUCAGUGCUGUGACCCAGCUCCAAGCAUUUUUGCAAAGCUCAUUUUGCUAUAAAUGGGCUGAGUCUUGCUGGGAACCCAACUCCCUGCAGCAGCACUGACCAAGCUCUGCAGCUGCAGGAGGGCCCUGGGGUGGUCCCAGUGGGAAUGGGAGCUCAGGGCAGGUGCUGGCAGGGCCAGCAGGGGACAGGGCUGUCCCCUCCCUGCUGGGGCAGGCUCUGCAGACAGGGAUCCUCGAGGGUAUUGUGCCUGGCUUAAAAACCCUUUGUUAAUCCCGAUUUUCUCCCGCUUCUCACAGCAAGGAAACUGCUGCCAUUUCACUGCCCGGCCCUUCUGGAGGCUUUGCUGCUGAUAAACUGAGUUUCCAGCUCCCUUGUGUUCUGCACACUGAUGGGAGCUUUGGGUUUCUUCCUCCAUAAGCAGCUGCUUGAGAAACAUUUAAUAAAUUCAAGCAGUUUCAUUGAAUUUUCAUAACUGCAGCCACCAGGAGAGCGUUGUCAGCUCCCCAGCCUGCCUCAGUUCUGACAGCUUGUGUCUUUAUCACUUGGGGUUUUCAGCUUGUGUUUUUCAUUUGCAGAUCUUUUAUGACCUGGUCAGACAGAUAAAUAGAAAAACACCAGUGGAAAAGAAGAAGCCUAAAAAGAAAUCAUGUCUGCUGCUUUAGACUCCCAUCAUGCAGCAGCUCUGAGCCAGAUUGCAGGAAUGAAGAACUGUUGCCUAAGUGGAAAGUGCCAGCAUUCCCAACUUCAGAACCUUAUGGAAAUGAGUAACAUAUCGGAAGAAGCUUCUCCUGUUUUUUAUAUCCUACGGGAAGAAUUUAGAUCUUAAAAUGGUUUGCACACAGUCCCUGGAAAAAGCAGUUGCUCUGUGUAUAUCUCUUGGAAAUUAAAGCCAAUAUUCCUCCUCCUUUGCAAUAGCAAUUAACAGAUGUGAAAAUAAAUAUAAUUGACUCUAGCAUAUGAUUAUCCCAAGGAGCAUGGAUGCAUUUCAAAUGUUAGAGAUUGCUACUAUAAUUAAAAUUCAUAUUGACCAUUUUAUCAUAAUUUCUCCCCAUCAAGCACUAAAAACGUUCCACUGUUAUAUUUUAUAUCUAUAACUAUAGAUAUAUAUUAUCCAAAAUUUCCCUUUGAACUCACUGCAACAAAUAACUUUUUGAGUCAUUGACUUCAUUUUAUAUUUAAAAGUUACGGAAUAUCAUUAUUUUCAUUCUGCCAUUGUAUUCUAAUUAAAAAUGUUUGUGCAUAAUGCUUUGGAAAAAUGGGUCUUUUAUAGGAAAAAAACUGGGAUAACUGAUUUCUAUGGCUUUAAAAGCAAAAAUAUAUAAUAUACUAAACCAACUCUAAUAUUGCUUCUCGUGUUUUACUGUCACAGAUUAAAUUACAGCUUUUAUGAAUGAUUAAAUUUUAGUACAUUUUCA